AUGACUUAUCUCUAUGAUAUCCACUGUCAGCAUAAUGAUUCCUUGCUAUCAGCAGGUAACUUCCAGCUGGGUGAGGGUGGGGAGGUGUUGAAACUGUACAGUGAGGUGGAGGAGAGAUGUCUGGACAGCCUGAUGAGAGACAUGCUGAGACCCUUCGUCCCUCAGUACCACGGCUUGGUCACCAGAGGCGAGCAUUGCUACAUCCGCCUGGAAGACCUGCUGAGCGGCCUGAGGAGACCCGUCAUCAUGGACUGCAAGAUGGGAGUGAGAACCUUUCAGGUGGAGGAACUUAUCACAGCGCGGGCAAAGGCCUCCAUGCGGAGUGACAUGUACCAGAAGAUGGUGAACGUUGACCCUUCAGCACCAUCAGCAGAGGAACACGCACAGAAAGCAGUGACAAAGCUGCGAUACCUUCAGUGGAGAGACACAACCAGCUCCUCGUCCACACUGGGCUUCAGGAUAGAGGGCAUCAUGAUGGAUGAUGGCAGCAUCCAACGCGACUUCAGGAACAUUCGGACUUUAGCUCAGGCCACAGAGGCUCUGCUCUUCUUCACCAGGAGUCACCUGGACAUCCUGAAAGCAUACCACUCCAGACUCCUGGCCCUGAGCGAGGCACUGAAGAAUUCACUGUUUUUCAGAACCCAUGAGGUGAUUGGCAGCUCGCUUCUCUUUGUCCAUGACCACAGCAGUAAGGCCAGCGUGUGGAUGAUAGACUUUGGGAAGACGACCCCAGUGCCCAACAUGAGUCAGCUCUUGCACGACGUCCCGUGGGCCGAGGGAAGCAGAGAGGAUGGCUACCUCAUCGGUCUGACCUCUCUCAUUGCUUCUCUGGGUCAGGCCAUCAGUGUGGCCUCCUGGCAGCAGCAGGACGGCUGCGUGGGAGAAAAACAUGUUACCUGAAGUGUGCUGAGGAUUGUGGUUAAAUACCAUGAACACUCACGGUCAGGUGGACAAAGUGGCUGCUUUCACACUCUGAACUCUUGCCUCAUUUCAUUCAGCGAAAGAGACAACAGAGGAUGAUUUUGUUCAUAGUAAAAGCAUCACCACAGACGUAUAGUGAAAAGAGCAAGAAUGUGACUCGGCUCAAAUUCAGAGAAUUGUGUUGUGGUCGUCUUGAAAUUGUAAAUACUGUUAUUGUCAUCACAAGUUCUUCUUGUUACAAGGACUGAUAUAAGAGAAUGUUUUCCUUAUUAUGUAUUCCCUUUUUGUUGUAAUUUCGAAGAAGGCUAUAUAAAUAUAUAUGAUUGAACACCCUUUAAAUUGUACCUGUUAAGAAUCAGUCUUUUUGACUCAUGAACAGACCAUAAGAUAAAUAUUCGAUUCAGGAGAAAAUAUUAUCAGGGGUUAAAAUGAUUUUCAUAUCACACAGUUAGUAUAUUUUUGUCCAGAUAACAGACUACAUGCUCUAAAUGAUACUCAACAAUGGGUAACAGACAUGUUUACUUCAAAUGGUGGCAAAAAAAGGCAAAAACACACAUCUUGUAUGAUGAGCCAUAAAAUAUACAAUUUAUUUUUUUAAAACACUAACCUAUGUAUUUCACACAAUAUAGACUCUUCCUAAACUGAUGGUGACCCUUGAGCAGCUUUGAUGUCGUUACAAACUCUUGCAGCCAAAUAUUGUUAAAACAUACAAAACCUUUCUAAGGUUUCUGAAGUUUUCUAAAAUCAUCAGAUGUUUCAGGUUGAGUUUGUGGGUGAUAGUUAAGAAAGUGGUGCUCAUGUGAUUGUAGACUAUAAUGUUGAAGCAGCUGUAAAACAUCAUACAGCUUCAAACUAUAGUUUUAUUUUUGGGCUUUUGUGCCUUUAAUGGAGAGAUAGGACAGUGGAUAGAGUUUGAAAUCAGGGAGAGAGAGAGUGGGGAUUGACAUGCAGGCGGGGAGCCACAGGCUGGAUUCAAACUAGAACUGAUAGAAGCUGACAAAAGAUAUUUGGAUAUGCCAAAACAAGAAAAAAGUCAUAGUCACGCUUCAAAUAGCCUACUUACAUUCAUUUAAAAAAAAAAAACAGAGACUAAAUCAUGUAAUAUGUCUAAAUUAACAGUAAGAUACACCUACUGUGGCUAAGACUAAUAAAACCUUUUAUACAGUC